CUGAGAGAGAGGAAACAGAGAGCGCUAGAGAGAGAGAGAUAGCAAAGCCAAAGAACACGAAACCCUAGAAAGAAGUGGGCAAGCAAGUCCAAGGAAGAAGAAAAUUUGGGGAAGAAGCCAAAACCCAUCAGCCAGAAAGUUCCUUUUGAGAAUUCCCUGAAGAAAUAAUUUUGUUCCCACGAAGUUGCUCUCAUCAGAGAUUUCUCCUUCGCUUUCCAUUUUCACCCCUUCCCCCCAACCCCUGUUCUAUCUUUGCUCCCAACACACAAUCCCUUUUCUUUAUUUUAUUAGUAAAGCUUCCAUCUUUUCCCCUUUUCCCAAUUUCCCCCACUCGCCUCUUCAAUCUAUAUACUUAUCGCCAUGCCGGCCGAUUUGGAUAACUCCUCCACCGCUUCAGGGGAAGUCAGCGGCUCUUCCUCCGGCGGAAACAACCCUUCUCAACCGCUGCAGUCCACCGCCGCCACCCCCAAGAAGAAGCGGAACCUCCCCGGGAUGCCAGAUCCAGCUGCUGAAGUGAUUGCUCUGUCCCCGAAGACUCUAAUGGCGACGAACCGAUUCGUGUGCGAAAUAUGCAACAAAGGGUUCCAGAGAGACCAGAACUUGCAGCUUCACCGGCGAGGCCAUAAUCUGCCGUGGAAGCUCAGGCAGAGAUCGGGGAAAGACGUGAAGAAGAGGGUCUACGUUUGUCCCGAAGUGAGCUGCGUCCACCACGAUCCGUCGCGGGCGCUGGGCGAUCUCACCGGGAUUAAGAAGCAUUUCUGCAGGAAGCACGGCGAGAAGAAGUGGAAGUGCGAUAAGUGCUCCAAGAAGUACGCCGUUCAGUCCGAUUGGAAGGCUCACUCUAAGAUUUGCGGCACCCGGGAGUACAAAUGCGAUUGCGGGACUCUGUUUUCCAGGAGGGAUAGCUUUAUCACCCACAGAGCAUUCUGCGACGCUUUGGCAGAGGAAAGUGGCAGAGCUCAUCCCCGUCACCCAACGCCACCUCCGCCUUCGAAUCGGAGCACUGGACCCGACCCGACAGCUAUUGUUGAUUCAGCUCCGCCGCCGGCGCCUCCAGCUCCUCCUCCAUCGCAGUCAUCAGCUCCUUCACCUUCAGUGUCGCCGAUUCAUAGUCCAGAGUUGAUAGAAACUCAAGAUCCCGCGCCAAUCAUGGAAGAACCAUUAGCUCCGGCUGCAACGGUGAAUGCAAGCUGCAGUAGCAGCAGCACCAUCUCGAGCAGCAAUGGCAGCACUACUAGCACCGUCUUCGCCAGUCUAUUCGCCUCCUCAACAACUGCAUCCGAAACAACCCCUCCGCCUCAGCCUCAGCAGGAGACUCACUCGUUCACCGACUUGAUUCGAGCAAUGGCAUCGCACCCUGACCACACUCACACCACAGUCGAACUCGCUCCACCACCAACCGAACCAAUUUCACUAUGUCUGUCCACGAGUCAUGGCUCGUCGAUAUUCGGGCAGGAGAGACACUAUGCUCCACAACCACCGUCAAUGUCAGCCACCGCAUUGCUUCAGAAGGCCGCUCAAAUGGGAUCUUCUGCCACGAACGCAUCGUUGCUCCGCGGUUUAGGGAUAGUCUCCUCUGCUUCCUCUUCCUUGUCUUCGUCGUCGUCUUCUUCCUCAGCACAGCUUGAUAUUUGGGGCCAGAGACACAUGGAGGCAGAUAAUUCUUCUGUUCAUCAUCAUCAUCAGCAUCCAGUGCUUGGACUUGGAUUACUGCCUUGUGAUGGAGGGUCCGGGUUGAAGGAGCUGAUGAUGGGAAGUACUUCUUCUUCUGUGUUUGGUCCUAAACAUGCCACACUCGACUUCCUCGGACUAGGAAUGGCAGCUGUCGGUGCUGGCCCGAGUAGCAGCGGGCUCUCGGCUCUGAUUACUUCGAUCGGCGGGGGGCUUGAUGUAGCUGCUUCUUUUGGAGCCGGAGAAUUUAGUGGCAAAGACAUUGGUAGUAGCUCGUGAGACUAGAAGGACAAGUCUUUCCCCCCUGUUUUUUGUGUUAGAGAUUAGAGAAACUCUCUCCAAGAUGCAUAUUGUACAGCACUAUAUAAUAUAUAUCAGUAUUAGGGGCAAGCCAAUCCAAACAUAAGAUCAAAAUGCUUUGUUUUUGGAUGAGAAUUUGUUCUGAAUGAAGACCAGCAGCUUGAUUUUUCCUUUUGAUGUGCCUUUAAGAGGCCGUUGAGAGGAUACAAGUGUGGUUUUGUGCCUUGAUAGAAAUGUGAUUCGUGGAAUCGUGGUGUAUUCUGGGUUCUAAUCCUUGAUAGUUUGUCCUGUUGUCCACAUUACAUGGACAUGCUCAAC